UUCAAUUUAAUUCGAAUUUAAUUUCUUAAAUAUCACAACGCGAAGGUAUUACUUGGAAAUAUUUAUACUUACGAAAAACAUCGAAUAUUAAAUAUAUUUUUUCAAUAUGGAAUAAUACCCGAUAUAUCGAGUGAGCAUAAAAGUAUCGAUAUUGGACAAAACAUUUCUAUUUCGAAAAGCGCGCGCCGUGUGCAGCGCGUUUACUCACACGGAUGCACCUGCAGCCGACUGGCCGCGGGACCACGAAGAUCUUGUCUCGUCGACCAAUAGGAUCUGGCGUCGCUCGGGCCCCGUUGACGCGUAGACAUAGACCAUCACCGAGUACCGAGUGUGCUUCACGCUUCACGCGCUCAGCACUCAGUUGGCGUCGCGCAGCGCUCGACGUUGCAUGUGUAUCUUCGAUUCGCGAAUCGAUCGUGAUCUACGUGAUCCUCCAAUAUUUUGUUCGCGAUCGUGAUCGGGAUGUGAUAGUGUGAUAUGAUUUCAAGUAUCGUCACUUGAUUUAUUAACUCGUGGAUUAUAUUAAAACGGCGACUUGUAUCAUCGAAGGAGAGGAUUAGAAAAGAAAGUAAUUGUGCAACAGAUCCGUUGCCUGAAAUCAUGAGUAAAGGUCGCCGAUCCACGGUAGAAGAAGACUCUGUUUUUCCCUAACAGUGUUAUGAUCGAACAAACUUUAUCGGAAUAUGCUUCAAGAUAUUGCAAGAUUUCGAAAACUUCGUCGAAAAUAAAUUUUUCAUUUCAAAAAAGGAACAUAUGCACAUGGCAAAUCCAAACAUUUUUCACGAAAAUUAACAAGAAAUAUGAAUUCAAUUAAAUUUAAGAUUAAUGUCAUCAGGCAUGAUUUAAAAAUAAUGGAGAUAGAUACCGGUGUUUGUAAAUUAGAGAUAUUAAACGAGAGCGCUGCAUAAUUUUUUGAAAAUUAAAAAAUAAGACGUUAUAUAUUCUCUUUAUAAAAAUUACAAAUAAAAUAAGAAGAAUGGAUAUUUCUUUUCAAAUAUUAGAAAAAAUGGAAAAUCCUUGAUAUUAAAAGAACAUCAAUUACGAUACUUCUGGCAAUUAUCUUUUUUAUUUUCUUCAAUGUGUGCGUCCUUGAAAAUAUUUAUCAUGUGAAUCUUUACACAUCAUUCUACACGUCAAAAGGACGAAAUUGAUAACUAUUCCUUGAAGAUGGACGUGAAUGUGUGUUCACGCCGCGUUCACGACGGCUACGCGACCAUAAGAUCUCGCGGCAGGCCACGUGCCGUUUAUCGUUCCGACUCCGAAGAGUUGCUGAAGGAGACAGAUGGCCCAUAUGCUUUGCCGCGCCUGUCCAACUUCCGGGUCGUUUCAGAAGACGCGCGGCAGGUGCCUAGAUGGGCUGAUCUUGGCCGGGACCAGCCGCUGAUCGAGAAUUACGGCACUUUGCGUGUCGUCAGAUCGCGUGAUCUCGAGGAGCCGCAGAAGGUGACGCUAAAAACGUUCUCCAAGCGGGAUAAACUCGGCAUCACUUCGAGAAAUGACGCUAAGCAAAGUAAUCUUGAGAAUUUGAAGGAGAAUAACGAGAAGAUGCGAAUAGAUAAGAAUUGCGAAAUGCAGAAGAGAGAAGAUGAUCAUCAAACUGAUCUUUGCAAUCAUUAUGAAUGGAAGUGUGAAGGCUGGGCUCGUUAUGGUUGCGAUCAGCAAGUUUACGAUGUAGUACCAAUGGAGGAUGAUUCGAAAAUUCCAAAGCCCAUUUACGCCGAUAAAACCUCUUUGAACAAUGAUUUUGCCAAUAUCGAUAACAACCAACGCGAUGUGUUUAAGAAAUCCAAGGAGGAUGUCGAGAAUCUCAACAAUUAUUCUACGAAAGAUUCGAAAAACAAUUAUAUUUUCAAAAAUCACGAUGAUUCUCAUAUUGAAAUGAAAAGUGAUAAGCUAACGAGCAUUGAAGAUGGGGAAAAUGUGAAAAAUGACAUUAUUAAAAGUUCGAAAACUUCUAUUUUCAAGAACGACUUGGAGAAUGCAAAACGAGGAUUUUCCGAAAGGAAGAACCGACAACCUAUUUACGCGGUUCCUCAAGUAUUUUCCAAGCCUAGACGAGAACGUCGAUUGGUCAUAGUCGAUGGAAACUACGUUCCUAGCGGCGAUCUCUACCGCACCACGGCUAAAUACAUCGAGGACAUCAACCGGAACCUCGCGGAGAUCGACAAGAGCUACGAGGAAAUGAAGGCGAGUCCUAGAAUCUACGGAGUAAUCAACAGAAUCGCUAAGGGCGAGUUACUAUCGCAAGAUCAAUCCGGCAACCUCUUCGGCUACGUCAGAAAGAGAAACAUGGUACCUAUGCCGCCUAUCAGUGCCGAUAUAGACGAGGUUAUUGAAGAAAAGAACGAAAAGGAUUCUAAAAAGGAUAUUAGAUAUCUUCGUAGACCCAAUUCCAAGGGCAGACUUCCGCCAAAAAUUCUGCCGAGAUCUUCAUCCAUCGAGAACACGUCUAGGCAUUCGACAGGAUCCACCACUGCUUCCUCGAGCAAAUCUACUGAAUCCUUAUAUGCGAUCAGCGAGUCUUUGACGGAGCUGCCAAAGAUAAGCGAUCUUCAGAAACAAGAUUCAACCUGGAGUAGAACUUGCCAAGAAUCGCGAAGAAGCGAUUUGCAGAAUCAAUCAAAGUUUAAUAUCGAUAGGGAUAUCUCCAAGAAAAUUAAGCCUGAAGGUUCGAAGUCCAAGGACUCGUCGUCCUCGACGGACGACGAAGUUUCGAUUUCCAAGAAUCGAUUGCCGGUCACCAGCGCGAUUCGCAGGAAUCGCUCCCGAGUCGACCAGGCGGAAAAACCAUUAUUAAAAAAGGAACGAGCUUCUAACGAGAUCUUGGGGAGGACUUCAGGCAAAUUGGAGCAAGUGCGAUCUUUGGAGAAUCGCUUGAAGGACCGUCGAUAUGACACGCUGCCCUCACGAAAAUCCAGGAUCUCUUCGAGACCGCUUCACAAAUCCAGCGAGGAUGUGCUUGACGGCGAAAGAAUCUCUCGUAAAGAUUCUAGCUUACAAAGAUCUUGCUCAAGCAAUAAUGACAUCAGGCGAAAACAAAACGCUGAUCAGGAUCUUGCGGAAAUUCGACGAAAUCUUUUUUAUAUGAUUGAUGCUACUGAAGUAAUCCUUAAAGGACAAUUGGAACGCUCCAAUCAUUUACAACAACAGGAUUGCUUUCCCAAGACUAGACACAACUCUUUAGAGUCUAAGGAGACGGACAGCAAGAUCCAAUCUGCUGGCAAUUUCGCUACUUUGCCGAGAAGAGGUAAUCUCGUUAAGGAUCAGUCCGAGCCUCUUAGAAGAUUCUCCGGGAACGGACCGAUUCUGGAACCAUUAUAUGAACAUGCAGUUAGUGAUUCUGUAAAACCACGAGAUACUCAAAACGUAAUACCAUGGUGGGAACUGGCCACCAGGAAGUAUAGACAUCGCAGUUGUCCAUCCUUACAGGUAAAUUAUAUUAGAAUCAAUGAAUGUUGAACGCUCUAAUUAGUAAUAGGCACAUUGAAAUUGCAAUUAAGAUGUUUCGAGACUUUGUAUCAGUAAAACUUAAUUUGAAAGAAUUAUAACGAUAAUUAUAUUAAGAAAGUA